GAGAGUCGGGCAGGGGCGAGCCAGAGCGGUGAGCUCAGCGAGCACGGCGGCGGCUUCUGCGGAGUGCGGGAGGCGAGCGAGGCCGAGCAGCCAGCGCGACCCCCGAGCGCCCCCCCAGCCUCUCCCGAGCCCCGAGCCCCCGCCUGCCGCGGCUCCUGCGUCCGGCCGCGCCGCGCCCAGCCAGCCCAGCUCGCCCGCCCCGCUCCGGCCCCGUCCCCGCCGCCGCCGCCGCCAUGGGGGUGGAGGGCUGCACCAAGUGCAUCAAAUACCUGCUCUUCGUCUUCAAUUUCGUCUUCUGGCUGGCCGGGGGCGUCAUCCUCGGCGUGGCCCUCUGGCUCCGCCAUGACUCCCAGACCACCAGCAUCCUGCACCUGAAUCUCGAUGACAAGCCGGCCCCCAGCACCUUCUACGUGGGCAUCUACAUCCUGAUCGCCGUGGGCGCCGUGAUGAUGUUCGUGGGCUUCCUCGGCUGCUACGGAGCCAUCCAGGAGUCCCAAUGCUUGCUGGGCACGUUUUUCACCUGCCUGGUGAUCCUGUUUGCCUGUGAGGUGGCCGCUGGCAUCUGGGGCUUUGUCAACCGGGACAAGAUCGCCAAGGACGUGAAGCAGUUCUAUGACCAGGCGCUGCAGAAGGCCGUGAUGGAGAGCAACUCGGGCAACGCCAAGACCGUGGUCAAGUCCUUCCAUGAGACGCUGGGCUGCUGCGGCUCCGACUCCUUUACCUCCUUGAUCACAGCAGCCUCCAAGAGUGACCUCUGCCCCAGCGGGAGCAACGUCUUCACCGUUUCCUUCAAGGCAAACUGUCACCAGAAGAUCGACGAGCUCUUCUCGGGGAAGCUGUACCUGAUCGGCAUCGCCGCCAUCGUGGUGGCCGUCAUCAUGAUUUUCGAGAUGAUCCUCAGCAUGGUCCUGUGUUGCGGCAUCCGGAACAGCUCCGUGUACUGAGGGGCCACGCCUCUGGGGCUGCUGGGAGGGGCGGGCGGGCGGGAGAGGAAGGGGCGCCCCCAGACUGGCACCGAGUGACCAGAAGGCGGCUGAAGGAAGUGGAGAGAAUUCUGUAUAGAAAUGUUUCUGAUAUUACCCUAUAGUACUUACUAGCAUUUUUACUUUGGGGGGCUGGGCUGGGGGGCGAUUUUGGAAUCGAGGUGACGGGUCCCUUCCCGGGCCGGGCUGCAGGCAUUUGGUGAAGCCGGGGCGUCCUGGGAGGAGGGCAGGCUUGGCGGGCAGCCCUCCCAGGCUGACACCAGCCCUUGGUCCCCUCCCCCUCACAGCUGUGGCCUUUUCUUUUCUUUUUUUUAACCCAUCUGCAUUAUUUGGUCCCCACCUACUGUUGGAGCAGCAUUUCUGACUCUCUCACCCUUCCUGGCCUCGGGCGUCCCACAGGCCCCUGCACCAGAACCAGACAGUGCCCGGUGGGUCCCGGCGGGCCCAGACGGGCCGGCUGUGGCCCCGGAAGCCGUGCCUGGCGGGAGCCCCUGGGGCCGGGCGGCCACAGCCCUGCCAGCCCUCCCUCUGGGCUCUGCUUUGGGAGGGGGCUGGCAGGGGGGAGGCUGCAAGACCACGUGCGGCCCCAGGCCCAGCCCACCCCAGCCCUGCCCGGGGUGUCCUGCCUGGGGCGGUGGGGACGGGGCGCAGCAGGUGAUGGAGUCCUAGAAAGCCUUAAAGGAAAACUGCCCAGAAUGUCUGUGGGGGGAGGGGCAGGGGCCCUCAGUGUCUCUCGGUGCCACCAUGGGCAUGCAUGUAUAUAUGUUUACAUAGAUGUUGUAUGUUCUCGGUAUGUUCCGGGCCACAAAUCUGGCCCAGGGGCUGCAGCCAGGCCUUCCUGAGCAUCUGUUCCGUGGGUGGCCGUCUGGGAGGGGUCAAAGGUGCUGGGUUUGGGGGGGAGGCCUUUGACCCCUGCUCGCCUCGGCUGCCUGCCCAGGGCUGGAGUCCAGGCCCCAGCAGGUCCAAAGGCAGGUGGGAUCAUCAAUGCCCCGAGACAGAUCCCUUCUUGCCACCGGGCUCCUGUACCUACCCAGCCCGAGGGGCAGCCCGAGGUGGGAGGGCAGGGAGGAGACACCCACCGAGCUCGGCCCUCCCCUGCCCACCAAGCCCCUCCCCGGAGCCCGCUGGGCCCAGAUUCUGCCUUUCUCCUCCCUUCCUCCCGCGUGCGCUUCACACUGACCUAAGUAAUGCUUGCCCUGCACCGUUUCCCCCUGGCCCCGCGCCUGUCUCCCCUGGCCCCGCACCCUCGCCCGGCUGUGGCCCCCAGCGCCCCAGGUGUCUGCGCCAUCCCAGCCAGGGGUGGCCCCUGGCCCGCUGCCAGGAAGGUGGGGGGGGCAGGGGCACCUGUUGCAUCUGGCCCCCAGCAGUCUCUGUGCUUGGGACACUAGUCCCUGGCCAGGACCCGGGGGAGGAGGGGCCUAGGAUAGACCCAGGAAAGACCGUCUAGAAAAAGAGGGGCCUCGAGUGAUCCCCACCCCACCUCACCCUCUCCGGCUUUGCCUGGGGGAGGGGGGACAGCAUGGCCCGAGGGUCCCCCACCCCCUUUGCUCCUGCUGUUGUCUGUCUGCCUGUUCACCCCCCAUGUGACUCCUCUCAAUCCAUGUAUCCAAUAAAACAAGCACUCUGGUGA